CAACACUAAUCCUUGUGAACAGUAUUUUUAACUUGCGUUUGGACUGAAAGAACAGCAAUAGGAUUAGAGAAUCAGUGAAGAGGCUGAAUCCCUAACUCGUGCAGUUGAUCUUCUUGCAUGCUGAGAGACAAGCACCAGAGCUUUGACUUUAUCUUCAUUUCAACCUGCAAGCAGCACGUUUUAAAGGACAAGGGUAAAUGGAGAUCUUGGGGAAUGCUGUUGUGGUUGUUUUUCUCUGACUUGAUCUGAACUCGACGCAGAACUUUUUUCUGGCUUUGUCUUCUGAGAAACAGACACAAUGGCGACUAUAAAGCCAAAGUUGAAGGUGCUGAAAAAGCGCCGCUCGAGCCUUUUUGCGACCAUAAAACGGGAAAUGAGUUUUUCUCAAAGCAUUGAAGAGCAGGAGUGCGAGUUCCCUUUUUCGCAGGAGAGCUCGGUGAAACCAUGGACGUCUAUGGACAACCUUGAUGCUCCUGAUGAGAAACAACAACCAAAAAAAGAACCGAAAAAAGAGGCUAUGAACCCAAGGAAAUUAAACCUCGUCAACCUUAACGUGGGUGGAAGGGUGUUUCACAUCCCGAAACAUUUGGUCCUCCGACACCCAAAAACCAGGAUUGGUGUCCUUGCCCUCUGUGAUGAUCCAGUCAAGCGCCUGACGCUGUGUGACGAUUACAAUGUUCAGAACAACGAGUUCUUUUUUGACAGGGACCCCAGGUUUUUCCACUACAUUUUCCACUUCUACUGCAGUAAUGUCCUGUGGGUGAUGGAUAGCCUUUGUCCUGUCAACUUUGAGGAAGAGAUGUCAUUCUGGGGCCUGAAACUGAAGGACACUCCAAGGUGCUGCCGUAUUUUGUUUGAGGAGAAAGUGGAUGACAUUCGAGACCAACUCAAGGUCAACCAGGAGCUUAUUGACGAGAUUAAACCUCACCAGGACGAACAAGGUUACAAGGCCAUGUUUCUUGGAAACUUCCGGAAGGCCCUCUGGGACUUGAUGGAGAAUCCCUACUCCUCGCUUUCAGCCAAAGCAUUUGCUGUGUUUUCCAGCCUCUUUGUACUUAUCUCCAUUGUUGCCAUGACAAUGAACACAGUGAAAGAACUCAGGGAGUACAAGCUCGCCGGCAGAACCUACAUGGAGUGGGUGGAGAUUAGUUCAAUCCUAUUCUUCACGUCCGAGUACUUUUUGCGACUAUUCACCACAUCCGACAUCAAACGUUUCGUGAAGAGCGCCCUCAACUUUGUGGACAUUGUGGCUGUCAUGCCCUACUUCUUACAGCUCAUGUUCGAAACGUUUGUUAUAGAUGCAGAGGACAUGAACGCACAGGAAGAUUUGAAGGCCAUGGCAAGGGUCAGUAAGGUCAGCAAGGUGCUCAAGGUUGUCAAGCUGAUGCGUAUCUUCCGUAUCUUGAAGCUCGCCCGUCACUCCACCGGCAUGAGGGCCUUUGGUUUCACCAUCCGCCAGUGCUCUGAGCAGGUAUGCUGUCUGUUCCUGUUCAUUGCUAUGGGCAUCUUCACCUUCUCUGCUCUGAUGCACUCUGUGGAGGUGGAUCAGCCUGGGACACCGUUCAGCAGCAUUCCAGACGCCUGGUGGUGGGCUGCGGUGAGCAUCUCCACUGUGGGCUACGGAGAUGUCGUCCCCAUCUCCUAUCUUGGCCGCUGUGUGGCAUUUGGCUGCAUCUCGUUCGGCAUCAUCCUCAACGGCAUGCCCAUCUCCAUCCUCUUCAACAAGUUCUCCGACUACUACGCCAAACUGAAGGAGCAGGAAUACACGUUUUCAAACACGGAGCGCACCUUCCAGCUCAAGAAACGUAUGAGGCGCAAGUUUGACAACUGCUAUGAACCACAGCCAGAGGACUCGGAGGACGAGGUCCACUAUCGGCCCUGCGAAAGGCAUGAGGACUGAGAGGAGCUGCAGUGUCGCAUACGCUCUAACCCUAAAUCGCCAUAUCACCCAUCGGUCCGGAAAGUGUAAGACCCCAUCUGCCUCCAACUCUGAGUGUGCGUGAUUUAAGAUAAAGAGUCUAAGCGGAGUAAAUGGAGGCAGCAGCAUUAAAGUUGAGAUAAUCUUUAAGCCUCGACUUUACAGUAGGUUGCUGUUUGCACGCCAUGAGUGACGACUCUGUCGAAUGAGACAUGAUGCUGCCACUGGACAGCUUGUGAAAUGUUUCUAAGAAAAGGAAGUGGCUGAGUCUAAUUCUGACCCAACUGAAAUAGAUGUUUGACAUAAGGAGGUCAAGCACUAACAUUAUUAAGGAAGCAAUGUUGUACUGAUCACUUCGAAGGGGCAAGAUGCUUGUGAAGAAAUAUUUUUAUUCGAAGUGCUAUUCAUGAACUGUUGUGGACAAUACCUGAUACAUACACUGUAUAAUUCUGAUGUCAGGCUUGUAUAAGAUUCUGGCCAGUAGCUGUAACGGUCUUCCACUUUUUGAGUGUAAUUUAGUUGCAAGGGAUUACCAGGAUUUGCACUUGCGCCUCCUGCCUGGUCCGACAGGAGCAGAAGCAGAUCAUGUCCGGGGCUAUUUUCAUCCAACGCAUCCAACGUGCUUACAAGUCACUCUCAUGAAUGACAGCAGAAUCCAUUUGUUUCUGAUAUAAGUCUCUCAAGCAAGGAAAUGGAGAUGAGAGACAGUGGGGCUUAUAAUUGUCAUUGAGCAUGUAAGUGUGGCACAAUCCCUGCAGGGAGAGAGAAGUGAGCUCCAUGGUGUUGGAUCAGUCAUGGUCUGGUUCUGGAGUCAAAACUGUCUCUGACUGCUGGCUGUGUUUAGCUCUAUUGCUACGUUCAUUAAAGAUCCCAUAUUUUACACCUUGUUAUUAAGUUUAUAUAGAUCUCUGAGUUCCUCUCAACAUGUCUCUUAUUUACAUUAAAAAAACAUGAAAAGGUGUAUUUUGCACAAUAUGGCCCCUUUAAACCAGUUCCUCAACAGUUCUUUAGAGACCAGACAUAUUUAAAGUGUUUAAGUGUUGUGUCGACCUCUCAAUGCAUUGGUCAAAGACAUUAUUCCACCCAUAUGAAACAUAAUUAAAAGCAGUCAUGUAUGUUCAAUACAUUUUUGUACAAAUUACCAAUACAUUACAAAUGCUUCCUUGCUUUCGUCACAGUGAUACAUUUGUCCGAUUUCUAUCUACAUUUCCUCUGAUGCAACCGAGUGUCACUGAGUGAAAUCUGUGGAUCAAUUUCACCCUCCUACAUGGGUGGUUGUAAAUGUAUGACGCUGAUAAAAGCUGCCAUGUGCAAACAAAAGGUGUCAAAAGAAGGACAUUUCAUGAUAUGUAUUUUAUUUUAUAGUCAAUUCUUGUAUUAUUUAUGCCAUUUCGUUUUCAGAGUGGAAAUCUGUGUAUUACAGUAACUGUAAAUAAUGCUGUAAAAUGUGUCAUUAUUUUGUCUUUAUUGUGCAUAAACACACACAAAUACAUCACAGUUUGGACAGCAGUUUGAACACAUAUUUAUACUUCUCAAAAAUGAAUUUCCUUCUGAAUAAUAAAAACAAUCUCCUCAUAA